AUGGCGCCGACUAUGACUUCUGUGCACCAUCAUAGAAGUACCACGAAACAAGAGCACAAGCCGUACAAAUCCCGCCACGCCUCAAAGAGUGCCUUGAAGGACGCGGCGAAAGGCAAAGUGGAAAGUCAUCGAGCCCACAAAGGCCAGAGAAAGACCCCUCAUCAACAAGUUAUGUCGAAACUCACCAGACGCAAUCAAGCCAAACAAAUGCGCAUGAAUCACAAGGAAAAGAGGGAGGGCGAAGAACAUAUUUUCCAGGGGACAGAUGGCGCUGCCAAACAUAUUGCCAUUGUACCUUUAUCAAAUACGAUCAAUUCCUAUGCCGCCAUCAAGGCCCUGAACGAAAGCGUCGACAUUUCCGGCCCUGACGUUUCCAGUGGCACGGUUCCUGUUAAGGUUGACAGAUUUCGUCGGAACCUACUCUACUUGCCCGCCACGUUCGACCUCCUCAACGCCCUCGAUGUUUGUAAAUUGGCAGAUUGGGUCGUCUUCGUCCUGGAUGCGGAACAAACCUUCGGCGAAGUGGAAGAUUCGUUCCUCAGAGCGCUAGAGGGUCAGGGCAUCACAAACGUCACUGCGGUAGUGAAGGAUAUUGAAGCCAAGGUUCCUGCAGCAAAGAGGUCUCGACAUUUGACGGACCUGAAGAUAUCCAUUGGACGGUAUUUCCCUGCAUCGGACAAGUUGUCAAGCCUCGACAGUAAGUCAGAUUGUUCCAACUUGGUCAGAAGCAUGUGCACUGCGUCUACGAGAGGCAUCCGAUGGAGAGACGAUAGGAGUUGGAUGUUGAUCGAAAAUGUGAAUUGGGGCAAUAUUGACGACGGAGCCGAUUCCGCCGCAGUCACUCUAUGUGGCACAAUUCGUGGCAAGGGUCUGAAUCCGGACAGGCUGGUCCAUGUUCCUGGUUGGGGAGAUUUCCAGAUCAACGUUAUAAGAGAAGUACCCAGGCAAGGACAAAAGCGGAAAGCGAACGAAAUGGAUGCAGAUGUGCCUGUUAACGAAUGGAGACCAACUGCGGAUCAAGACGAACUGGCGGAACUGGCACCGGAACAAGCAGAGAUGCAUGAUGUUGCCAGCACUGCUGCUACAACAGAGCACAAGGGGGUUCUGCUUGAUGACCACCACUACUUCUCGGACGAUAACUCUCACAUUCCCGCUCCACCGAAAAAACUUCCCAAAGGCACCUCAAGUUACCAGGCCGCGUGGUAUCUAGACGAUGUCUCCGACUCUGACUCUGAUAUGGCGGAGGAUGACAACGACGGCGAUGUCGCCAUGGAUGCCGCAGAAUCAUUAGGUCCUGAAGAUGGCAUAGCUAUCACGAAUGGCGAUGCCAUGACAGAAGGAGGACAGUCCGAGUACCCAGAGUCUGAAAUGCAUGUGGACGCAGAUGAAGAGGAGGAAGCGCGUCAGCUGGAAGAGUUCAGAGCUAGCAGGAAGACAGAAGCGGAAGACGACCUUGAAUUUCCUGAUGAGAUCGAACUGCACCCAGAUGUGUUGGCUCGAGAACGGCUGGCGAAAUAUCGUGGUCUCAAGAGCUUGCGGACAAGUGAAUGGAACCACGCUGAGGAUGCGGCCUAUGAACCAUUCGAAUACAAAAGACUCCUUCAAGUCCCCGACUACAAGAGGUCCUACAAAUCGGCUCUCAAUGAGUCGCUGGCUGGCGGGGUACUUGCGGGAACGAAAGUCGAGAUUGAACUUCGCCAUGUGCCUGUCUCACUAGCAUCGGCACCUGCGCCGGCGUCAAUGUUUGCUCUUCUCCGCCACGAACACAAACAUGCGGUAGUCAACCUCAACUUUACCCUCAAUUCCGACUUCGACGGCCCUCUGAAAUCCAAGGACGAAGUUGUCGUCCAGAUCGGCCACCGCAGGUUGAUCAUCAACCCUAUCUUCUCGGCUGCGGGACAGACACCAAACGACGUGCACAAGUUUGACCGUUUCCUCCAUCCGGGACGAACAGCGAUCGCCACAUUUACUGGGCCUCUGACAUGGGGGUCUGUACCCGUCCUAGUGUUCCGUCGUGAAGCAGCAGCAGCAGCAGAUGAUGUGGCACCGGCCCUUGUGGAUUCGAGUGCUCCAGGGGCACCUGGUGGUGUGUCUCGAGAACCUGGACAAUUACGUCUGAUCGGCUCGGCAACGACGCUCGCUCCUUCGUCUUCGCGCGUCGUGGCCAAGAGACUCAUCCUGACAGGCCAUCCGUUCAAGAUUCACAAGAAACUCGUGACCGUGCGGUACAUGUUCUUCAACCGCGAGGAUGUCUUGUGGUUCGCCGCACUGCCGUUGUGGACAAAGCGUGGCCGACAGGGAUUCAUCAAGGAACCGCUCGGCACGCACGGAUACUUCAAGGCGACGUUCGAUGGCAAAAUCAAUCCUCUCGAUGCAAUUGGCGUGAGCUUGUAUAAGCGUGUAUGGCCUCGUGCUGCGCGACCACUCGAAGCGUGA